CAAAGGGGCAGCCUGCUCCUCGCUACUCCCCGGGGAAGUGGAGAUUGACACAGUCUCAACACCUCUGAGAACUGCCUGAACUAUUUGUCUGACGCUAUUUAAAUGCGGAGGGGGGUGUUAAUGCAAAUAGGCCUGGCCAGGGAGAGACCCCUCUGCGAGAUCAGCGCCGUGCACUGCCGUGAGAUCCUGGGCCAGCCCGCAGGAGAGCGGCCCCCAAGGGGCAGCGUUGGGGAAGGCUGGCUCUGGGCACAGCCAAGGAGCCCCAACCCCUGAUGCGCCAGGAAAAGGGAGUGUCCGCGAGUCAGUCCCCAGGCUCUGCGCCCCCUCAAAUCCCCCAGCCGGGCUCUGCAUCGCCCCCCCCCACAUCCGCCAGCCGGGCUCUGCGCCCCCCAACCCCACCCGGGCCGGGCACUGCGCCCCCCAACUCCGCUUCGCGCCGGGCUCUGCGCCCCCCGGUUCCCCUGGGCCGGCCCGGGGUGGCGAAGGCGCGGGCACUGCCGCUGACUCGGGGUAGCUACGGGCAGCCCCGGGACACCUGGCCGGGCCCUGGGGCGGGGGCUCGGCGGCCUUUCCGGGGGAGGGGCGGGUUGUGUGGCUUUGACACGAAGCUGCGAACGGCCCCGCGUGUCCGGCCGGGAGCGGAGCCGCCGUGUGAAUUGCACCCGAAACUCCCAUUGUCCGUCCCCCCGGGGGGUGCCGCGCCCGGGCGCUUUAAGAGCCGGGGGCUGCCGGCCGCCCCCCAGCCCUGCUCCCGGACUCGCCUCGCUCCUCUCCUGAGCGCCGCCUGCUCCUACGAUGGGCUCGAGCUUCCCUGCCCCGCUGCGGCUCACCCUGGCGCUGCUCUGGCAGCUGGGACUCUCGGCGGCGAUCCAGUGGCUAGGGCUGAUGGUGAAUGGCAGCAAGGUAGCCUGGAACGAGACUCAGCACUGUAAGAUUUUGGAUGGGCUAGUCCCAGACCAGUUGCAGCUGUGCCGAAGAAACCUGGAGCUCAUGCAUAGCAUUGUACAUGCAGCCAAAGAGACCAAGGGAGUCUGCCAGAAAACGUUCUCGGAUAUGAGGUGGAACUGCUCUUCCAUUGAGUAUGCACCCAGUUUCACCCCUGACCUCCUGAAAGGGACCAGGGAAUCUGCAUUUGUCUAUGCAUUGGCUGCUGCUGCUGUCAGCCAUUCCAUCGCUCGGGCCUGUGCCUCAGGGGAACUACCUAUCUGUUCCUGUGGAUCUGUCCCAUCUGAGGUGCCUGGGCCUGGCUUCAGGUGGGGUGGCUGUGGGGACAAUCUCCGCUAUGGCCUCCAGAUGGGUUCUGCCUUUGCUGAUGGUCCCAUGAAGUCCAGUAAGGCAGGAGGACAAGCCACCAGGCUUAUGAAUCUACAUAACAAUGCAGUGGGCCGACAGGUAUUGAUUGACUCCUUGGAGACCAAGUGUAAAUGCCAUGGUGUUUCUGGCUCCUGCUCAGUUAAGACUUGUUGGAAGGGGCUGCAAGAUUUGAGUGAAAUAGCCAUUGACCUCAAAUCCAAGUACUUGGCAGCCAUCAAGGUGACCCACCGGCACAUGGGGACCAGAAAGCAGCUGGUGCCCAAAGAACUGGACAUCAGGCCAGUGAGAGAGGCUGAACUGGUUUAUCUAGUCAGUUCUCCAGACUACUGCACAAAGAAUCCCAAACUGGGGUCUCUGGGGACUCAGGACAGGCAAUGCAACAAGACCUCUGUGGGCAGUGACAGCUGCAACCUGAUGUGCUGCGGGCGUGGCUACAAUGCUUACACUGAGAGUGUAGUGGAGAGGUGCCAGUGCAAGUACUAUUGGUGCUGCUAUGUGAUGUGCAAGAAGUGCCAGCGGACGGUGGAGAGAUACGUGUGCAAGUAAUGCAGGAGGCCCUGAAGCAGCCCAUGCACUGAGAAAGCACUAAAGGACCUAUGCUCCGAGACACUCCAGAGCAUGUCUGGAUAUUUAAUUCAUCACAGGGGAAGCUGUGAGCUUUGGCUAGAAAAGGGGCCAUGGUGGAAAUCCUCAUAUUGGCAUUACCCAGGGAAACACACUUUUUUGGGAAAAGACCAGGCCUGAUGUCCUUAGCCUCACCCCUUCCAGAGCAAGAGAAACAGCUGCCUCCUGGGGCUGACCUGGUUUGUUCAAAUUCUCAAUCUCCAGCUGGGGACAAAUAAUGUAUCACCCUGCAUGCAUGGAUCUCUUUCUCCCCUGAGCUGCCAGCAGCCAUUGUCUCCUUGUGGGAAGCUUCUGAAGGUGGCCUGAAAGCCAGGAGUGAUGGAUGGAAAAGGGUGUGGGGUGGGGAGAGACAAGAGUGAAUUCAGGGGAAGAAAGAAGUGCUGCUCCUGAAUAAGCAUGCUGAGGAAACCAUGGGCAUGCACUUGUGGGGUGGCAAGCUGACCCAAGGCCACCAGAUGCUCCAAUUUCAAGACCGGUACAUGUUCAUUGUCUUCUGCAGCAUUACACUUUCUCUCUAACAUUAGGAUCAGGCUUGGGUGUAGGCUGGAGAAAGACCUCUGCCACCCUCUCCACUAUAAGUGAGAUCCAUUCCUCUGUCCUUUCAUAGCAAUGAGAGAAAGAGAGCGAGAGGCAUUCUAAUAUCAUAGUGAUGGGCAUGCUGUAAAAAACUGAGUCAAAGGAAAAGUCCAUAGGGGAUGUAGGUAGAAAUAGUGGGAUGGAAAGCGCUAUUGAACUUCAACAUUAACCAGAGGGGUCUUGGUAAGGACCAGGCCUGACGCUCCUGCCCCCAAGCUCACACCUGGUGAGGUGGAGAAGCCAGUAAAUUGGGUGGCAUGUUCUCAUUCUCACAUCCUUUUCUCCCCUCCUCUCUUGCUCCUCCACACCAAGGGUGGCAGCCUGUCUGCCUGCCCCUGUCUCUGAACCAGGCUCACUCACGAGUGCUGACAGUGAGUGCUGAGUACAUUUGGCUCCAGGACCCCUUUGUAGGGUUUGGAGAUGAGACUGAAUUUUUUGAUUUCUGCUUAUUUAUUUGGUGCCUUUUAAAUAAAUGUGUUCGUGUCUCUGCCAAUGAUGGCCCUAAGCCUCAUGUGUUACCCAGGAAGGCUCCCCACUCAGUACCCCCCAGAACUGGGCUGGCCACAGAAGGGAUGAGGCAAUGCUGUCUCCCCUCUUUGCCUGGUAAAGGGACUGCAAAGCAGACAUUCCGCAUCCUUUCAGGAGAUGAAAUUGCAGAGGUGGCUUCAUAGUUUAAGGGGAUGUUUAUUUUCAUUUGAAGAUGCUUUUUUCCCCUUCUCCUGUAUCUCCUCUGGUACUGAUUCCAUACUAUAUUUGGCUGUUGUGGCCAGACACAGGUUUCCCUAUAUGCACAUAACAAGCUUUGGAGUAUUUUUCUGGGUUACUGCAGAUCUAAUCUCCCAGCAAAGCACCCCAUCUUCUGGGAUUUAUUCCUAGUAGCAGAGAGCUUGAGUCUGGGGAAAUGAUCCCUGAGUUGUUUCUGAUCUUUAUAAAUCAUGGGUCAAACUGACCUCUGUGAGAGCUGGCAACUGGAGGAGAGGUCAAAAGUGAGAGUAACUUUCCAAUGGACUGACUUUCUGUCUCCUCCCCCUGUUGUCUGUGGGUCACACUACAGCUAGUGCUGGCCCCAACAGCCUCAGUUCUCUCAGAACACACAUCAAAGCCAAGAUGAAAGCAGAGAGACACCAGCUGCGGCUUUCACAGAUUCCUCUUCCUCUGACUGUAAGGGGAAGGAUUUUUCUUUUUUCUAAAAGGCAAUAUGCUCAGACAGCUGUAGGGUGGGGCAUGUUUGUAAACUUGAUCAACAUUCUAGGGCAAAGCUCUUGUGGCCCUGGGAGUCCGUGGCAGCUGCUGAUACAUUUAUUGUUUUAAAAAGAUUGUGGGUUUUUUAAUUGAAUUAAAUAUGGAAAUGAAUAAUU